CUUGCUUUCACAAUGGUUCUUUAUUUAAGCUAAAAUCUGAGCAAGAGUAAGCUUAGUGGCGAUUAAUUUCAAAGAGGUCUGAGUCCAUGAUGGCUUUUGUGUUUCUUUUAAAAUUUGCAGUGAAAUGCCUCGGUGUUCUUGCAUGGCCUGUUUUUGGUUUGGGUUAUCCUCUAUGUGCUUCCAUUCAAGCGAUCGAGACUAAUUCGAACUCAGACACCCAGAAGCUGAUCUCGUACUGGGUCUCCAUUUCUGUGGUCUUGCUCCUUGAACAUUCGUUUCAGCUUGAAUGGCUAGCCUUCUGGCCAUACAUUAAGCUAAUGAUCGUCGGCUGCUUGGUUCUGCCUUACUUCGAUGGUUCUCUGUAUGUCUAUAAACACCUUAUUAAUCCGUGUCUAUCCAUGAGCCCUGCAACUAUCACCUGCCAGUUCAACAAGCAGGAGGAGUUGUGUUUCAAGAAAGAUGAUUUUCUUGUUGAGAUGAAGAGGUAUAAGAAGGAAAAUGGCUCUGAUGCUUUGGAGGAUCUCAUUGCUUCCACGAAAAAGAGUGCAAAGCCUAAUGUGGAUGUGAAGGAGAUCAGGGCGGUUGAGGCAGAGGAUAUGCCGAAGUUCGAACAACUUCUGGUUCGAUUCAAAGACAGUAAUGAUGUGGAGAUAACAGAGAAGAUAGAAGUUGCAUCAACCAAGCAGCUGGAACAGCCUGAGCUUCCGAUUCGAUUCAAAGAUGGUGAUGCUGUGGAAGUAACAGAGAAGCAAGAAGUUGCAUCAACCACGCAGGCUAGAGAGGCAGAAUCCAACAUCAACCACACAGAAAACAGAACAUUUCCACCUCUGGAGAGCAUAAACACUGCAACAACAACAGUAGGAGGCGGAGAUCUUUGUGGGAUUCUACCUCCCGAGAAAGUCCAAAAGCUAUGGACUUGUGUUAUAUGUCAAGUAACAGCCAAAAAUGAGACAGCUCUAAUUGCACAUCUACAUGGAAAUAGACACAAGGCCACUUGUGAACAGCUAAAUGUCAAGAAUCAGACAGAUGUUAACUCACAUCUUCAAGGAAAAAGACACAAGAAAACUUGUGAGCCUCUGAACUUCAAGAAGCAGGCAUCAUACAGCAAUGUUUCCCCUGCUUCAGUGGGAAGGAACCUGAUGAACAGCCGAUGUAUUGAGAUGAUAGGUUCUCAUUGGUGGUGUAAAAUCUGCAAUGUAAGCAGUGUACAUGGCAAGCAAAGUCACCUUAAAGGGAAAAGGCACAGGGCUUCGUUGCAAGCAUUGGAUGGUCUUGGAGACAAUAGGCAUGCCUGAGUCACUGAAUAAGUUCAUACAACUAUUGUAGAAGAUGUUCUAAUCUGGCGGGCAAGGCGGCCGUGAUCAUCCAAGGUACCUGUAGAUUAAAUGGCGUGUUUUGUUGCCGGACAAAAACAAAUUAAAUGGCGUCGAAAGGCAAAAACUUAAAAGGCGGAUAUCAUGUAAAGUAACCUUUGAAAUGGCGGACCUUUUCUUUUUAUAAAUGAAUGAAGUUUCAUUGAUCCAAAGGAAA